AUGGAUAAAGAAUUUGAAAUCGAUAUCAGCGACAUUGUUUCCAUUACUACGAUUAGUGAACAUGAAUACAAAGAGACUUUUUCUACUCUUGAUGAACUAGAUGUUGCUGCUACAGUUGAUAAUAGUACUUCUGUUGAAUCAAUUUUAUGUGAACGACCACAAGUUCUUUUUUAUUAA